GAUACUCUUAAUAAUAAAAAUAAAUUAUAUAGAAUUGAAAAUAUUGAUUUUGAUAUUUUAUUAGAUUUAAUUAAUUUUUUUAAAAUAUUUAAAAAAGCAUAUAACUAUUUAGAAUCUUCUAAAAAUCCUACUUUAGAUUUAGUAAUUUCUUGGUAUAAAACUCUUAAAAAACAUUGUAAAAUAAGUCAACAUAAUAAUCAAAUUAGAGAAUAUUAUUCUUUAAUUUAUGAAGUUAAUAAUAUUGAUUCUAAUGAUAAUAAUGAUGAUUUAUAUGAAGAGUCUCAAAAAAGAUUAACAAAAAAAUUAUGUAAAAAAUCUAGUAGAAAAUUUAUAGAUUUUAGUGAAUAUUAUAAUUCAAAUGAUAAUAAAAAUAGUUUGAAUAAAAUUAAGCAAUAUUUAGCUUAUAAAGUAUCAAAAGAUACAAAUUUAGAUAUUUUAAAAUAG